AUGUCUGAAAAACAAUAGUAAUAUUGGCCUAUUUUUACAGAGAAAGAUGAGAUCAAAACGUUUUGGAAUAAGAAAUCUAUCAAUUUUGCUAAAUAAACAAUCUCAUAUUAGCAACUAAUGAAAAGAAUUAGUUGGAAAAGUAACAAACCUACCGAAUAUGAAUUUAUAUUAAGUGAAGAAGGAGUGUUAUUUUAUAAGAAAAAUAAUAAAGUGAAGGGAUAUGUUUAAUUGAAUGAAGAUAUUAGCUUAAAAUUGAUUGAUCUAAAGAUUUCAAACAAAAAAACAGACGCUGUUAAGGUUAUAAGAAUCAAGAGAACUAAAGAUAUAUUUAUAUAUAUAUGGAAUUAAGAUUAGUAUUAUAUAAUUGUAUUACUAAUUUUAGUUAGUAUACCUUUCAAUUCCUGAAAUAUUUGUGUUAAUUUUGUUUUGUUUAAAAUUUAGAUGAACUCUAUACAUUAUAAGAUAUUAUAGGAAAAGGUGGAUUCUCAAAAGUGUAUACUCUUACACCAAAUAUCAGACUCCCAAAUCAACCCUUCAAUUAUGCUGGUAAAGUUUAUAAUAAAAACGAAUUAUUAUCUAAAAAAGACCUUAAAAAAUUUUAUCAUUUCAUUCGAAGCGAGUGUUAUGUAUUAAAAAGAAUCAAUUAUCCUUAUGUACUUAAACUAUGUGAAAUCAUUUAAAUGGAUGAAUUACUAAGUAUUAAUUAUAUUCUAUUCAUUUUUAGUUUUAGUAACAGAAUACAUUAAAGGAGGUUCCCUCUAUCAAUAUUUAAAAGAUAGAAAACGGCUAACAGAACUAGAGUCUACUCAGAUCUUACUCAAAUUAGCAUUAGGCUUGUAAUAAGUUCAUAAGUAUUUAAAUUUCUUUAUUGAUUAAGUCUAGGAUAUGUUCAUAGAGACAUCAAAUUAGAGAAUGUUCUUAUAGAUAAAGAUUAGUUGAAAUUAAUAGAUUUUGGAUUUGCAGAAAAAAUAUGUAGAGAAAGACUUGUAAAUGGUUAAGGAACAGCUGGUUAUAUUGCACCAGAAGUGUUUAUGAAAUAACCGUAUUAAGAAGUAGGGGAUAUUUUUAGUUUAGGAGUCAUAUAUUAUUCAAUAUUAUCAGGUAAGGCUCCAUUCAGAUCUAAUUCAUAUGAUGCCUUACUUAAGUUAAAUAAAGAAUGUUAGAUUGACUUUUCAGAAUUAAGAUUCCCUAAUAUUAGCUAAAAGACUAUGUAUCUUUUAAAAGCUAUGCUUUAAAAAUAACCAGAAAACAGAAUUAAUUUGUAAGAUCUCUUAAAUCAACUAACUAUUUCUUAAAUCUUAUCCCCUACACAUAAUAUGGCUUCUACACAAUCUGUAGUUGAUGGCUCUGUAGGUUUAAGCUUUAAUCAUUUGUAAUCUAAAAACACUUUAAAAUCAUUUUAUUAAAAUAGUCAAAAUUCAUUCACUGACAACCAUAGUUAAAUCUCCGAAUAAAAACCAUCAAAACAAUAAAGGAAUAGAAGAUAUAAGAGUUAGAGCUUAGAUAAGAAAGGAAUGUUUUUUAAAUCAUCAUCUUUUAAACCAUCACUUAGAAACAUAUAUCAAAUUAAAAUUGAGUAAUCUGAUGAUAAUAUAUCAUAAACAGAUUUAGAGUAACCAAUACCUUAAGAAAAUCUUCGAUUUCUUUAAACUUCUUAUCAAACAUUAAACUACAAAAAGUUUAUUUGA